GAGGAACAAAAGUGAGCCAGUCGAGUUCUAGUCAUCGUGCGAUGUGUUCCGUGCCGUGCUGUGUUCUAGUGUCACGUUAUGAUAAUGCAGCCUAAAAUGAGAUGAGGGGUAAAGUUGUUACACUGCCGCACAAGUUACCUGUUGUCCUCGGAAGGAUUUUCCUGCGUUGGGUGUUCACUAAAGCUGGUUUAGUGCUUUUCGUCUACCGUGUAGUUUGGUAUGCAUUUAACACCCGGUCAUCAAUGAAUGCUAGCGUAGAUUUUUUUGAAAGUCUUAUCGAUGAAGACGGGCGGUUUUCCGAAGUGAAUACGUGCCAAGAACCUUCACAGCGAGUUCAUCGCCAAAGGAUCAGUAUUCAGAGGAUUCGACCACAAAAUUUACAAGCUGAAAAUAUCAAUAAUGCUGGAGGACUGUCACCACCUAAUACGAUAUCGCAAAGGGAGAGGGGAACACAAGUGUCUCAGUGCUACAGUGUGCCUUCUUCGCCAUGUGGCUCAACCAGUUCAACACCCUCACCGACUGUGUCCUCAAUACCCGGAACAGCAACUCAUGAUCCUGAUUGGCAGGCAACAAAAACCACCAUUCGAGACAGAAAUGCUGCCAUGUUCAACAAUCAAUUAAUGGCUGAUGUGACCUUUGUUGUAGGUCCACCAGGACACACACAAGUGAUUCCAGCACACAAAUAUGUUUUGGCAACUGGCAGUUCAGUGUUCUAUGCUAUGUUUUAUGGUGGCUUGGCUGAAAGUAAACAAGAUAUUGAAGUUCCCGAUGUUGAUCCUUCAGCAUUCCUCACCUUACUGAAAUAUUUAUACUGUGAUGAAAUCCAACUAGAAGCUGACAAUGUUUUAUCAACCCUCUAUGUUGCCAAAAAGUAUUUUGUACCACAUGUUGCAAGAGCCUGUGUCAAUUAUCUAGAGACAAGUCUAACAGCUAAGAAUGUCUGUCUACUUUUAAGUCAAUCACGUUUUUUUGAAGAGCCAGAACUGAUGAACAGAUGCUGGGAAGUAAUUGAUGCACAGGCAGAAAUGGCACUCACAUCUGAUGGAUUUGUCGACAUUGAUGUAUCUACUUUAGAGUCUGUGUUAGAAAGAGAGACUUUGAAUUGCAAAGAAAUUAAUUUGUUUGAAGCAGCUUUAUCAUGGGCUAAAGCUGAAUGUGUGCGUAGAGAAAUAGAACCUACACCUUCAAAUAAAAGAGCCAUGCUAGGAAGUGCUAUUCAUCUGAUACGAUUCCCAACAAUGACCUUGGAGGAAUUUGCUAACAGUGCUGCUCAGCUUGGAAUACUGACUCCACAAGAAACUAUAGAUAUAUUUUUACACUUCACUGCCUCAACUAAACCACAACUAUCAUAUCCUGUCAAAGCGAGGACUGGUCUUAAGGCACAGAUAUGUCACCGAUUUCAGUCAUGUGCAUAUAGGAGUAACCAAUGGAGAUACCGGGGAAGGUGUGACUCAAUACAAUUCUGUGUCGAUAAAAGGAUUUUUGUUGUUGGCUUUGGCUUGUAUGGAUCCUCAAACGGUGCAGCUGAUUACAAUGUAAAGAUAGAAUUAAAACGUGUGGGAAUAGUUCUGGCAGAAAACAACACAAAAUUCUUUUCCGAUGGAUCGAGCAGUACAUUCCAUGUUUAUUUUGAAAAUCCAAUUCAAAUUGAACCUGAUUGCCUUUAUACUGCAUCGGCCAUUCUAGAUGGAAGUGAAUUAAGUUAUUUCGGACAAGAUGGCUUAAGUGAAGUUUACAUGGGCACUGUUACAUUCCAAUUUCACUGUUCUUCUGAAAGUACAAACGGCACUGGUGUCCAGGGUGGCCAAAUUCCAGAACUAAUUUACUACGGACCAACAGUUAACACUGCUGUAAAUACAAGCACGGAAGAGGACUGACAAUUGAGGCAACAAUGCCCCAUGAACUAUUACUCCUUGUAGUGUUUCAGAGAUCUGAUAUUAGUUGUAACAAAUGGCAUUUGCACUAAAUUAUGAAUAUAUAGAUAUAUAUUAAUAUUUGUUCCAUUUGAAGUUAUUUGUUCAUUGUAAAUAUUGUGUAAAUAAUUAGUAAAUUCAGAAUGUGAUAUGGGUGUUGUAAAGCUCUCUAAAAGAUUGAUUCAUUGGUAGCUUAACUUAGAUUAUACUGAAUAAUUAUGAGAAUUUUAUUGUAAUAAAACCUAAUAACUAGCUUGA